AUGGAUUCAUCAACUGAUGAUAUCGUCAAAGAAAUCCCUGGUGUAAUUCGAGUAUACAAAAAUGGCCGAGUCCAAAAACUCCUCGCUACCGAUGUUGUUCCCGCCGGUCUCGAUCCUUCCUCCGGCGUUCAAUCCAAAGACGUCUUAUUGUCAUCCGAUAAAACUCUCUCCGCUAGGCUUUACAUUCCCAAAUCCACGAAUGUCGUUACUAGAAAACUCCCUCUUCUUAUCUACUACCACGGCGGCGCAUUCAUCGUCGCCACCGUCGCUUCCCGCAUCUACCACAACUUUUUAAACCUCAUCGCAGCGGAAUCCAAUGUGGUCAUAGUUUCUGUUGACUACCGAACGGCGCCGGAGCAUCCCGUCCCCACCUGCUUUCAAGAUUCCUGGGAAGCAAUCAAGUGGGUGGAGCAACAUGUUAACCAAAAUGGUCCCGAGCAAUGGCUUAACAAAUACUCUGAUCUCGGUCGUGUAUUCUUCGGCGGCGACAGUGCGGGUGCCAAUAUCGCCCAUCACAUGGGCAUCCGGAUUGGGACUGAAAAUCGGAGCGGAACUCCGAACUCUGGUUUUUCAAGAAUCAUGUAA